AUGUCUUCAAUAGUAUCAACGGUUAAAUGUAAGGAUCUGAGCAGCAACAAUCAACAAGGUUCGGAAGGAGGAAAGGGUUCCAUGACCAUUGAAGAUUUCUUUUCCGAAGUGAUUGUCAAAUUAUUGGAAGAAAAACCACAGAAUCCUUACGGUAUGAUUGAGCAAUUUUGCAACCUCGUCAAACAUGGUACGUUUGUACCUCCCAAGGAACGAUCGGCAUACGAACGUUUAACAAAAUUGUAUAAACCAUGGAUGGGAAUUGAUGAUGAGAAUAUUUUGGAAAAGGAUACGCAGCGAGCAAGAAAAUAUGUGGAGAUCGUGAAUCCUCCGGUGAAGACAAAGACAAAUGUUUCCGAUGAGGAAGGAGGAGAAGAAGCUACGGAGGAAGAAGGAGCCGAUGAUCUGAAAAUGUCAGAUUUAUUGUAUGAAGGAAAGCUCUUUCGAGAUGCAGGUAUUGGUUUGGGAGAAAUGGAACUUUUUCAAGUGUUGGUUUCUAUGAAUGCUCUAGUGAUAGCCAAUAAGAAAAUCAACUCUAUUCGAUUCUUUGGAAAAAUUCUUGGAAUUGAGAAUAAUUACUACAUUUUAGAAACAGAGCAAACAAAGGAUGAAGCUGAAAAUGAAACUGGAGAAGAAACAAAGAAAGUUGAAGACAUUCCACCUGAAGUUGAAGGCACCAACAAAUAUAUAUACUAUGUGUCGAACACGGCAGGAUGUGAUGUUGACAUGUGGACACAAUUGCCAGAUGCAAAGCCGGAAUAUAUUCUCAGGAGUAGAAAAAUUAAGAAAUUCUUCACAGGAAAGCUAGAACAUGAUGUUCUUUCUCAUCCACCCUUCAAAGGUAAAGAAAUUGACCUGCUGCGAAGUCAAAUUGCUCGAAUUUCUCACUCAACAAUACUUGUUCCAAAAGGAAGAAUGAAAUCGAGCACUGAAGAGGACGAAACCGAACAUGAGGAACUCAAAUUGCCUCCCAAUGUCACUCUAGCAAAGGACGAAUUGCCAACUGUUGAAAAAGAUGAAGAAUUUGAAGAAAAGAUCAAAAAUUUGGACAUUUCACAAGUCACCAAUUGGGUUAAUCUAUUACCAACCAUUCUUUCAAAGCAAGGAAGAUGUACUCAAUACUGGACCGAGGAAGAAAAAGAAAAACCCGAUUUUGAAGACAUGAAGAAAACUGUAGAGCGAAUUCCAAAGCCUCUCUCGAGCAUUUCAGAAGAGAAUUGGAUUGCUCGCACUUGUGGAAUGUUGGUUGACAAUGAGGUGGUGGCCCUCUCAAGCAGGAUUUGGCAAGGAGCUCAUUGCGUUGGCUACAAGAGGAAUCCAAAAGACAUGGUAUUUGCCAAUGUGUACAUUGGUUAUGGAAUCAAAACAGGUGGUGAAGUUUUUUCUCCUCAAUUUGUCUUGCCUGUUCUUGAUGAAUAUCAUGAAAUUGUGCUCACCCAACAACAUGAUCCAAGUAUUGAGGACAUGAAACGAUUUAUUCCUCGAAAGAAAGAAGCAAGUGAUCAAGAGAAUGAGGAUCAAACAGAUGAAUAA